AUGGAAAAGAGAAAAAGGGCAGGACGAUACGAGGGAUGUGUCCAUUCUACUUAUGUCUUCUUGAGCUGCUCCCCUGGCUGUCCGUGCGCUUAUCCCUUCGGCGUCGGAUGCGUGGACUGGAAGUGUCUUCUGUUUCUUGGUUUGCCUGAUACGGGAGUACCUUUUGCUGCAUGGCUUCGUCUACUCCAAAUGAAGACUUAG